AUGACGGAGUCGUCGCCGGAGCCGCUGGACGACGUCGAUCCGGAGAUGCGGUCGACGCGGCGUGUCGUUCGCUGGUCGUCGAUGCGGGAGGAGACGCGCGACGCCAACGGACUCCGACGCAACGUCACCUUGCCUGGGAUGUCGCGUCGGGGACGACGUCUGCGCAACGGAGCAGGUCUGCCACUGGGAGUGAUCUGACCAAGAGUUUUUUUUUUCGGUUAACUUUUAUUUUGAUCUGCGCCGAAACCUUUUUCUAGCGCUUAUCCGGCUUCAUUUUGGCUCAAAAGAAAGCUCUCAAGUUUAGAAAAGUUUUUCAAUAUGUAUUCGUUUCUGGCAAUUAAUUUUUUUAUAUGAAAUUUUUGAUUUUCUGAAAAUCCCCUAGACGUUAUUUGAAGGUGUACACUAAGAUCUUCUACAGCCGCCUGUGCAAACUAUACAAAUUCGUAUUUAUUCGAUUUUCUCAUACUCUUCUCGGAUUUCUGGAAUGGUAAAAGUUUGAGAUUUUUAGAAAUAAUUAGGGAAUCUAUAGUUUUCAUUGAAAAAGCUAUGUUUUUUGAAACAGUUUCAUUCCCGGCUUUUCCCCUCCAAAUUUAGAUAGUUCAUUUUUUCCUUCAAAGCUUGUCGGUUUCAGAAUUAUUCAUUGGUGGGAAAGGACAGGUUUGGGUGGAAUCGAAAAUUAUCCUGUAUUUUUUGAAUUUCAAAAAUGUGAAAAAGAGAUUUUUGUAACGAAGACAGUUAAGUAAGGUUGAUAGAUUUUUCACUCUUCAAGACUAAUUCAAUUAUUUUUAUUCUGCGCUUAGUUUUUGUCUUUAAUACCUAUUUAUUGUAGAAUUUACCCAUUGUCUUUUUUUCCCUUUUGAUUUAAGAAGUUAUUUGUGGGAGGUUCAAAAAGCUUCAGGAAUGUCUUACUUUUCGAUGGUUCUGAGAACCUAUCGACUAUUCGAAUGAUUUUCAAAGAUGGCGUUCUUCCUUUUUUUUUUCAAAACUAUUCUUGAAUCGCUUUGAAAUACUUUUGAACUUAAGGUAAAAUAAAGUAAAAAAAUUUAUUAACUGACUUUUGGCUACAGUAUUCAGAGGUCUAUGAUCUGGAAAUCGGAAUGAUCAAUGGUAUCGAUUUUUAGUAGUGGGAGUUAAGCGACCGUGUGGAAUAGCCAUUCCUGGGCAAACUAUCAAUUUAAGAUUUUUUUUUUCUUGGGAAAAAAUAAGUUUACGAAAAGCUAGAAGAGGCUCAACUUUUAGGUAUUCAAAAAAAGUGGAAAUGGGUGGUGGUCGGCGGGGAUAUAAAAAUGAGAGCCGAAAAAAGGGAAUUGCAGAUGAGGACGUGCACUCGUUCAGCGGCCACAGCUUCCUGCGAGUUCCUGGCAUCUCAGGCAGGAAUUCGCCGAGCGUCGCCUCGAUGAGCUCCGAGCCGGAGUCGUGCAUCGACGACGUCCGCUUCAUCAACGACGAGGACGACGUCGACAUCGGUCAGUCUUCUUUUUUUCUUUUUUCUUCUUGUUUUUACUUUCUGCUUCUUUUUUGGGACAGUAUCAAAGAUGUUUUCAGUCAGAACUAAACGUAUGAACGUAUCGUAA